GUCCUAUCGUCCUCCACCUCGGCCUCCCACAUUGGCUGGCCUCACCAACCAACCCUUCACCGUCGACACAUUCACCGCACACCAACCACUGCCUGUGACUUCUGGCGACCGCUCCCAUCCAAACACCUCUCCUCCAUCCCUCCGUUUCUUGCUCUCUUUCCCCCCUCCCCCCCAACUCUCGUCUGCUCUCUCGGGAUUCGAUCAUCCCCUCCCCUCCCUCUCGUCAUCCUCCCCUUCUCUUUGUUCACCGCAUCUUUCCUCCUUUCCCUCUCGUUGCUCUGGGUGGUCUAGACGGACAACCUUGAACCUUCGAUAAUCUGCACCCGUCCCCUCUGCAGAGCCUCCAGCUAACUCCGGAUCUCCAACAUGGUCGUCGCCACUAUUAAGUGCGUUGUCGUCGGUGACGGUGCUGUGGGAAAGACAUGUCUUCUGAUCUCCUACACGACAAACAAAUUUCCUUCCGAAUAUGUUCCCACCGUCUUUGAUAAUUAUGCCGUCACUGUUAUGAUUGGCGAUGAACCGUAUACGCUGGGACUUUUCGAUACUGCUGGACAGGAGGAUUACGACCGUCUCCGCCCUCUUUCAUACCCCCAGACCGAUGUCUUUCUGGUCUGCUUCUCCGUGACUUCCCCCGCUUCCUUUGAGAACGUCCGCGAAAAGUGGUUCCCCGAAGUCCACCACCACUGCCCCGGUGUCCCUUGCCUCAUCGUCGGCACGCAGACCGAUCUUCGCGACGAUUCCGCCGUACGCGAAAAGCUUGCCCGCCAAAAGAUGCAGCCCAUCCGCAAAGAAGAUGGAGAUCGCAUGGCGAAGGAGUUGGGGGCGGUUAAAUAUGUCGAGUGCUCUGCCUUGACUCAGUACAAGCUCAAGGAUGUUUUUGACGAGGCCAUUGUCGCCGCCCUUGAGCCCGCUCCCAAGAAGAAGUCGAAGUGCGUCUUGCUGUAAACGGAUACGUAUACCUACUCCGUUACAGAGAAGGUUAGCACCGCUCCUUAAUUCCAACCUGUUCGUGUCGUUGACGCGUUGCAGGAAUGUUCAUGACUUGUGGAGGAAGAGAUUGAAGGUGUCCGAAGCGCAUUACGUUGAAAUAAUUUGGAAGGCCUAUG